GGGAUCAAAGGUCAGCUGAAGAAUGAAUACUAUCAAGAAUGUACCUGCCCGUGUUCUUAGUCGGAGGUCCGGUCAUGGCUUGGAGGCGGAGAGGGAACAGUUUGACAGAAACCAGGCCGUCAGUAUCAGCAAAGCUAUCAACUCACAGGAAGCUCCAGUGAAAGAGAAACACGCUCGCAGAAUUAUUUUGGGCACUCAUCAUGAAAAAGGAGCAUUUACAUUUUGGUCAUAUGCCAUUGGUCUUCCAUUACCUAGCAGUUCUAUUCUAAGCUGGAAAUUUUGCCAUGUCCUGCACAAAGUCCUUCGAGAUGGACAUCCAAAUGUACUGUCAGAUUGUCAGCGAUACCGCAAUAACAUCCGAGAAACAGGAGAGCUGUGGGGUCAUCUGCACGAUCGUUAUGGGCAGCUUGUGACUAUUUAUACAAAGCUUUUGCUUAAUAAAAUAAGCUUUCAUGUAAAGCACCCUGAAUUUCCACCAGGCUUAGAAGUGACUGAUGAUGUUCUUGAAAAAUCAGCCGGCACAGAUGUCAACAACAUAUUUCAGCUUACUGUGGAAAUGUUUGAUUAUAUGGACUGUGAAUUGAAGCUUUCUGAAGCUGUUUUCAGGCAGCUUAAUAGUUCCAUUGCUGUAUCUCAGAUGUCAGCAGGACAGUGUAAGCUGGCCCCUCUUAUACAAGUCAUUCAGGAUUGCAGCCAUCUCUACCAUUACACCGUCAAGCUGAUGUUUAAACUCCAUUCAUGUCUUCCUCCAGAUACUCUACAGGGACAUAGAGACCGAUUUCAUGAACAGUUUCAUAGUUUAAAAAAUUUCUUCAAACGGGCAUCAGACAUGCUUUACUUCAAACGCCUCAUUCAGAUUCCCCGUCUUCCUGAUGGUCCACCUAACUUUUUGCGAGCCUCUGCCCUUGCAGAGCAUGUUAAACCAGUGGUAGUUAUUCCCAAUGAAACUCCUGAAGACGAGGAACCGGCAGAAUCUCUGGUUGAAAUCCGCACAGCUCAGCCUGUGGAGCAAGAGCAGGUUGUGGAAGAACUAUUUCAGCAGACCUUUGGUCCUCCUAAUGGUCUUAUGAAAGAUGACAGGGACCUUCAAAUUGAAAAUCUGAAGAAGGAAAUAGAAAUACUACGUGCUGAAUUGGAGAAAAUAAAGCUGGAGGCACAAAAGUACAUAUUGCAGCUGAAAGGCCAAAUCAACACACUGGAGGCUGAGCUAGAGGAACAGCGAAAACAGAAACAAAAGGCUUUAGUAGAUAAUGAACAGUUGCGGGUUGAGUUGGAGAAUCUAAAGAAACAGCAGCUGGAAAAUGACAAAACAAAAGGGAUCCUCCUGGAAACGGAGAAAAAGAUACAAGCAACAGAUUUACGCUACACCAAACUGAAAGAAAAGCACAAUGAGCUCAUCAGUACCCACGCUGGACUACUUAGAAAGAAUGCUGAUACAGCAAAGCAGUUAACAGUAUCACAGCAGAAUCAGGAAGAGGUGGCGAGUAUCAAAGAACAGCUGGAAUUUCAGAUGGAUCAAGUGAAACGAGAAUCUGAUUUGAAGUUGGAAGACCAAAGUUUUCAGAUUGAACAGCUUAAAUCAGAAAUUGAAGCCAAGAAAAAGGAAUUGUUACUUAUCCAGCAAUCUCUUUCAAGUACUGAGGAGUCUAAAUCCCACCUUAACACAACAUUAAUGUCACUGGAAGUGGAGAAGGACUCUCUAAAAAGUUUGUUGACGGCUAAAGAAUCAGAACUGUCUUCUGUUCAAAACCUGGCUCGAGAUACAGAGAUGUUAUUCAAUCAAGAGCAAGUAAAGAAAGCCAGUGAAAUAAGAGACCUGCAUGAGAAACUCAACAAAAAGACUGCUGAUGAACAGAUGCUUUAUCAGAAGAUGUUAGAGGACCAGUUUAACAUUAUUCAGAGAACAGUGAGAGCAGCAGAGAACAUAAUUCAGGAUGCUGUUGCCAAACUUGAUGACCCCGUGCACAUCCGCUGCACCAGUUCUCCAGAUUAUCUUGUCUGCAGAGCACAAGCUGCAUUGGAUUCAAUCCCUUACCUUCAAAAUGGUCAUGCUAAGUAUAUACAAAACAUGACAGAUGCCUCUGACUUGGUGGGAGCACUGACCCAGUUUGCUCACUUAACAGCAGACACUAUUGUAAAUGGCAGCGCAACUUCACAUUUGGCUCCACCUGACCAUGCCGAUCGGCUGAAUGACAGCUGCAAAGAGUGUGGAAACCAAAGCUUGGACUAUCUAAGUAGCCUAAAGAAUAAACAUUCGCUAAAAGAUGCAGAUCUUGCAGAAGUCAGCAAAUCAUUAAAGAUAAUAUUUGAUCUGGGACAGGAACUGAGGCCCAAGAGUUUGGAUAUUAAGCAGGAAGAACUAGGUGACAUGGUUGACAAAGAAAUGGCCUCAACAUCUGCUGCUAUAGAAGAUGCUGUGCGACGGAUUGAGGAAAUGAUGAACCAGGCUAGAAAAGACAGUUCCGGCGUUAAACUGGAAGUGAACGAGAGGAUUUUAAAUUCCUGCACAGACUUGAUGAAGGCUAUUAGACUUCUGGUUAUAACUUCUACAGAUCUUCAGAAGGAGAUUGUGGAGAGUGGCAGGGGUGCAGCUACAACACAAGAAUUCUAUGCCAAAAAUUCCCGUUGGACAGAAGGGCUGAUCUCUGCUGCAAAGGCUGUUGGAUGGGGAGCAACUCAACUUGUCGAAUCUGCAGAUAAAGUGGUCCUUCAUAAAGGCAAAUAUGAAGAACUUAUAGUGGGGUCCCACGAGAUUGCAGCAAGCACAGCACAGCUAGUUGCCGCAUCCAAGGUAAAAGCUGAUAGAAAUAGUAAGAACCUACCUAAACUGCAGCAAUGUUCUAGGCAUGUGAAUGAGAUGGCUGCUAAUGUGGUGGCCUCCACCAAAUCUGGUCAAGAACAGAUUGAAGAUAAAGAUACCAUGGAUUUCUCUGGUAUGUCGCUAAUAAAACUGAAAAAGGAAGAAAUGGAAAGCCAGGUUAAAGUUCUUGAGUUGGAGAAUAUGCUGCAAAAUGAACGAAUGCGUUUGGGGGAGCUAA